AUGGUCCAAAGCGACAUGUCCAAGUCGCCUCCCACAGCGGCGGCGGCGGCGGUGGCGCAGGAGACCCAGAUGGACCUGCUGGAGAACGCGGCUCCCGCGGGGGCGCUCGGAGCGGCCGCACAGUCAUAUGGAAGAGGAGCUAGAAGGAAAAACAGAUUUAAAGGAUCCGAUGGGAGCACUUCCUCGGACACUACCUCAAAUAGUUUUGUUCGUCAGGGUUCGGCAGACUCCUACACCAGCCGUCCGUCCGACUCAGAUGUUUCUUUGGAGGAAGAUCGGGAGGCGGUACGCAGGGAAGCAGAGCGACAGGCCCAGGCCCAGUUGGAAAAAGCAAAGACAAAGCCCGUUGCAUUUGCUGUUCGGACAAAUGUCAGCUAUAGUGCAGCCCACGAAGAUGAUGUUCCAGUGCCAGGCAUGGCCAUCUCCUUCGAAGCAAAAGAUUUUCUGCAUGUUAAGGAAAAAUUUAACAAUGACUGGUGGAUAGGGCGAUUGGUUAAAGAAGGCUGUGAAAUCGGAUUCAUUCCAAGCCCAGUCAAACUAGAAAAUAUGAGACUACAGCAUGAACAGAGAGCCAAGCAAGGGAAAUUCUACUCCAGUAAAUCAGGAGGAAAUUCAUCAUCCAGUUUGGGUGACAUAGUACCUAGUUCCAGAAAAUCUACACCUCCAUCGUCCGCUAUAGACAUAGAUGCUACUGGCUUAGAUGCAGAAGAAAAUGAUAUUCCAGCAAACCACCGCUCCCCUAAACCCAGUGCAAACAGUGUAACGUCACCCCACUCCAAAGAGAAAAGAAUGCCCUUCUUUAAGAAGACAGAGCACACUCCUCCUUAUGACGUGGUACCUUCCAUGCGACCCGUGGUCUUGGUGGGCCCAUCUCUGAAGGGCUAUGAGGUCACAGAUAUGAUGCAAAAAGCGUUGUUUGAUUUUUUAAAACACAGAUUUGAAGGGCGGAUAUCCAUCACAAGGGUCACGGCUGACAUCUCGCUCGCCAAGCGCUCAGUGUUAAACAAUCCCAGCAAGCAUGCAAUAAUAGAAAGAUCUAACACAAGGUCAAGCUUAGCGGAAGUUCAGAGUGAAAUCGAAAGGAUUUUUGAACUUGCAAGAACAUUGCAACUGGUAGUCCUUGACGCAGAUACUAUUAAUCAUCCAGCUCAACUUAGUAAAACUUCCUUGGCCCCCAUUAUAGUAUACGUAAAGAUUUCUUCUCCUAAGGUUUUACAAAGGUUAAUAAAAUCUCGAGGGAAAUCUCAAGCCAAACACCUCAAUGUCCAGAUGGUAGCAGCAGACAAACUGGCUCAGUGUCCUCCGGAGCUGUUUGACGUGAUCCUGGACGAGAACCAGCUGGAGGAUGCUUGUGAGCACCUUGCCGACUAUCUGGAGGCCUACUGGAAGGCCACCCACCCCCCCAGCAGCCAUCUCCCCAACCCUCUCCUUAGCCGGACGUUAGCUACUUCGACUCUGCCUACUAGCCCCACUCAAGCCUCUAAUUCACAGGGUUCUCAAGGAGAUCCGAGGACUGCGCGCUCUGCUCCUGCCCGUUCCGCCUCCCAAGCUGAAGAAGAGCCCUGCCUGGAACCCGCCAAGAAACCCCACCACCGUUCUUCGUCCUCUGCCCAGCACCACAGCCAUCGUGGUGGCACGAGUCGAGGCCUCUCCAGGCAGGAGACGUUUGACUCGGAAACCCAGGAGAGUCGAGACUCUGCCUACGUGGAGCCGAAGGAAGACUACCCCCCCGAACACGGGGACCACUACGCCCCACACCGCGACCACAACCACAGAGAGGAGCCCCACGGGAGCAGCGAGCACAGACACAGGGAAGCUCGACACCGUGCCAGGGACCUGGAUCGAGAGCAGGACCACGGCGAGUGCAACAAACAGCGCGGCCGGCAUAAAUCCAAGGAUCGCUACUGUGACAAGGAUGGAGAAGGCAUAGCCCGGAAACGCAACGAGGCUGGGGAGUGGAGCAGGGAUGUUUACAUCCGCCAGUGA